GGGCCAGGGCCGCCAGGCCGGGCCGGCUGGCAGCGGGACGAGGCGAGGUGCGGCAGCGGGCGGGCGAGGCCCGGCAGCGGGCGGCCCCGCUCCGCCCCGCCGCGCUCCCCGCCCGGCGGCCCCGCAGCCGCCGCCGCCCGGGUCCGGCCCGCCCCCCCCAGCACCCCGCGGGGAACAGCUCCUGUGCAGUUGGCAGCACCGCAGUAACGGGGAGAGGGGGAGGCAGAAAGGAGGCAGAGGAGGGAAGGAAGCAGCCCGGAUCACCGGGUUAGGGAAAACAGUAAAGGAGGUUCCAGGACAAACUGAAUCUUUUGCAAAAAAUAGCUCUUUCAGGGUUAGGCGCUUUUUUUUUUUUUUUUUCUUUCUUUUAGUCGAACGCACAGGAGCAGUGCCUCCACCUCAGCGUACACCCAACCUGUCGGCCUGAGGGGCACCUGAACCAGACAAAGCAGAAUGUACCAGGGACACAUGCAGGCAGUAGGUGAAACCUUGAAGAAAAAGUGGCUCUGUCUUCAAAAAAGUGACCUGACCUUUGCUUUGGGGAAAGGCUCUAGGGCGGCAGAUAAGGCUGUUGCCAUGGUGAUGAAGGAGAUUCCGAGGGAGGAGUCUGCAGAAGAAAAGCCCCUCCUUACUAUGACAUCACAGGGGUGCAGAAGCCAAAAGGAAGCAGAAUCAAGUGAAAAACUGGUGAAUGAGCAACAAGAAAGCAGACCCCUUCUGAGCCCCUCCAUUGACGACUUUCUCUGUGAAUCUAAACCAGAAGCUGUUGCAAGGCCUGUAACAUCAAAUACUGCAGUAUUAUCAGCAGGUCUGGAUCUCUUGGAUCUUAGUGAACCUGUCUUACAAACCCAAAACAAAGUAAAGAAAUCAGAGAAUCCAUCAAGAAGUGAAGGCUUAAAAGCUUCAACCCACAGAAAGAAGACAGACAAUUCUGACCUUAUCAGUGUGGAUACUGAGCAGAAAGUCCAGACUGUCAGAGUUUCAGACAAGUCUUCACUAGAUUUAGUUGAUAUUCAGACACAGCUAGAGAAAUGGGAUGAUGUCAAUUUUCAUGGAGACAGGAGUAGCAAGGUCCACCCUUCUGCAGAGCGAACAUCGUCAUCAUCUAGAGCUCCAUCAAAAGAGCUUUUAUGGUCCACGGAAAACAGAGCACAGUCUGAGCUGACUAACGUCAAGAGUGCCUUGGACUCUGAUUCAAUGUCAGAAUUAGAACUUGCACCUGCAACACAGGCACGAUCAACGAAGGAGCAGCGUUGGGGAGGGCCUCUUCUCUCCAGAAAUCACUCCUUGGAGGAGGAAUUUGAAAGAGCGAAGGCAGCUGUUGAGUCAGAUACAGAGUUUUGGGAUAAAAUGCAAGCAGAAUGGGAAGAAAUGGCUCGCAGAAACUGGAUUUCAGAGAACCAGGAAGCACCAGGGCAAGUCACCAUCUCAACUAUUGAGAAGGGUUAUUAUUUCCAUACUGAGAAUCCCUUCAAAGACUGGCCUGGUGCUUUUGAGGAAGGAUUGAAAAAAAUGAAGGAAGGUGACCUGCCCGUUACAAUCUUGUACCUGGAGGCUGCUAUUCUACAAGAACCCAAUGAUGCGGAGGCCUGGCAGUUCCUGGGCAUAACACAGGCAGAGAAUGAGAACGAGCAGGCAGCCAUUGUCGCCCUCCAAAGGUGCUUGGAACUACAGCCAAACAACCUAAAAGCUCUGAUGGCCCUGGCUGUAAGUUAUACUAACACUGGCCAUCAACAAGAAGCCUAUCAAGCUCUACGAAACUGGAUAAAGCAAAAUCCAAAAUACAAGUAUAUAGCGAAAAGCAAAAAAGGGUCCCCAGCACUUACCAGGAGAAUGUCUAAGACAUCAGAUGAAAGCUCAUUACUUGAAGAAGUAAAGGAUUUGUACCUGGAGGCUGCUCACCAGAAUGGUGAUAUGAUAGACCCUGACUUGCAGACGGGACUUGGAGUUCUUUUCCACCUGAAUGGAGAAUUUAACAGAGCGAUAGAUGCAUUUAGUGCUGCUUUAACUGUUCGACCAGAGGACUAUACGUUAUGGAACCGUCUUGGAGCGACCUUGGCAAAUGGGGAUCGAAGCGAGGAAGCUGUGGAGGCCUACACGCGUGCUUUAGAAAUACAACCUGGCUUCAUUAGGUCCAGAUACAAUUUAGGGAUAAGCUGCAUCAACCUAGGGGCAUACAGAGAGGCCGUCAGCAAUUUUCUCACUGCUCUCAGUUUGCAAAGAAAGAGCAGGAAUCAACAACAGGUUCCUCACCCUGCUCUAUCAGGCAAUAUCUGGGCAGCACUUCGAAUUGCUCUGUCUAUGAUGGACCAGCCAGAACUAUUUCAAGCUGCCAAUGUGGGUGAUCUAGACAUUCUCUUAAGAGCUUUCAAUCUAGAGCCGUAAUAAAAAGUAUCCACAAAUUGAUUAAAUUAGGAAACAGAGAACUCUUUUAUUACUCAUCUCGAAAUGACCACAUUUUCCAAAAGAUCAUGGCUGUAGAUCAGUAGGGGAAUUCUCUCGGACGUUGUUCAAAAAGGAGAAGUUCAAAAGCACAAGAUAAUGUAAAUAAAGUCAAACUCAAAGGAUUGAAAUGAGCUGUGGCUAAGCUGACAAAGCCCUGAACUAGAUGAAAUAGCCAUUUCUGAAGAACCUUCAUCCCAUGCAAGCUAUAUCUCUAUAUGUACACAGCUAUACAAAGAAAAAUAUAUUAAGAACAAACCUAGAUAAUCAUUAUUGCACAUGAGAAUGGCAAGCAAUGCAUCCAAGGAACCUGCUUAGUAGCUCAUCGCACUAUGCUGACAUCACUUUGCCCUACAACGUGGAUUCCCUAUCCUUUGGUUUCUUUGUCGAAAAGUCUUCUCAAGGUCCAUUUUUAACAGAGCUCUGAAAAUAGAUGCAUGUGAAAUGGAUGCAUUUUGCUUUGAAUAUAUUUAUUAGUUGGCAGUCAAGAAAAUUUUUGCUUCCAAAGGUACCUCGAAUUAUUUGGGCCCAGUUCUGCAGGCUCAUGGAGUUAUAAACCAUGCGCGAUGUUAAGAGGAACGGAGGUCUUUGGGAUUAGGCCACGUCCAUAUGGGAAAGGCAAGUGUUGCCAGCAAAGUGGUAAUUUGCACUAGAAUUGUUGCUGUUUAAACCAGCUGUCCUUGAUCUUGGACAGAGUGCGUCUGCUUCAAAGGAGCUCAGAGCAGGAUCUGCACCUAUCUAUCUACUUAUGCACUUUAACCUUUCUUUUUGUAAAAAAGUGCUAUGCUGCUAUGCUUUUAUUUUGGUUACUAACAACAGAAUGUACAGGAUAGCCUUGUUGGCAUCGAGGACCAAAUAUCAUUUCCUGAAAUGCGAUGAGAGGGUUUUCAAUAUUCUUAUGUUUAAAAAAUGCAAAUACAGUAUAAACUGCAAUAUCUAGUAGAAAGAUUAUUCUAUUAUGCAUCCAUCAGGUACUGGAAAUACAUGCAUGUGCAUGCACAUACAUGUUGUACGUGAAUUAUGUCAUUUCAGAACAUAAUAAGCCACAGACCUUUAUUGCUAAUAAAGGAAAGUCUUCAUAGGAGUUAAUGCCCACAGACCACGCUCAAGGGAAAAUUUUCCCUGAAAACAAUGGUCUAUAUAAUGCUUGUAGGAUUGAGACUAAAUUUGAUCCUGCCGUUAUGGUAAGCAGUAGCAGAAGUCUCAGUGACCUCCAUGAUAUCAGACUAAAUCCUUAGAUAACAUCAUUAUUUGUAGCUGCUUAAAAAUGUAUACAUCUACACCAUCUUAAUUUUCCCUGCUUGGAUGAAUGGAGAACAGCACCGGGGGCAGGACCCUGCCACAGGAUGAACGGAUUGAUUCGACUACAGUCAAACACAUUUAGCUCAAGGUGAACGUGUCAAUCAAAGACAGGAAUAGACAUUUUUAUGGAAGUAAUUUUCAGUUGUUGGUAUUUUUAAUGUUUUUCCUAAAUAGUGAAAGAUAAAAAGUGGGAUUAGGUGGCUACUGUGUUGAUCUGUGGUUAGGAAUGCAGUGUGCAGGGUAGCUAUUAGAAUGUGUUAAAGUGGGACAAGAAGCACAUUUCCUAUAAACAGCAUUAAAAGAAAAAUCCAGCUCAAUCAGCUGGAUAAAAAAAAAAAAAAAUUUAACUGCAGACAUCACAGAGAAAGCAGCUCUGUGGGAAUUGGACAGUUUCACCAGUACAAACAUAAAGUUUCUUGCAGCUGUCUGUUAUUUUGAGCAACCACUUAAAGGAAAAUUCCAUAUAAGACAGUGUAAUCACUGCAUCUAAUCACCAACUAUAGUUUGUUAAAUAAAAAUAAUAAAUUGUCAUUAAAAAAAUAAAAGGCUUACCCUCACUCUCUCCCACAGAAUAGAGAAGAUGAAACAGCUACAGGAAUUUUUCUAGUAGUGCUUUAUUAGUUCAUUGUUCAUAUAUAUGUAUUCCUGUUUAUCUAUUAAGCGUUUCAUAACUGAUUCCCGGAACUUCCUCUAAGGAUUGGUUAUCAAGGACUGGCUGGGAAUGUCACUGUAGCUAAGUGGGCUGCUGUAUGCAUAUCUGCUGACAACAGUUUGCUCUUUUGCUUUGACAGCGAUGUGUGAUGACAGCUCUUUAUUGAUAAGGCAGAGCAGAAGGUGCAGUGCAAUUGAAUCUGGGAAGUGAUAAGAGGGAAGGGAGGCAGCUCCGAGAAGAGGCUGUAAAGCAAAGGCAUAUGUGCUUAGAUUGUGCUUGAUGCCCUGCCAUCACACAAGUUCUUCUAGAAUAUCCUCUGUGCCGUUGUGUAGGAUAAUCAGUGCUUAUCCAGAGGAAUUAGCUGUUCAAGAGCUUUAUUUUUAUACCUUUCAAAUAAAAAAAACCAAAACCCUUAACUGCUUGACUUCUCAGAGACAGAACGACAAGGAGAAUUUGACACUGAUGGCAGUUGACUAAACCUCUUCUCCUCUAGUGCGUGGACGAGUAACACAGCAAUUCUGUUAGGAAAACCUAGUGCAACUCCUAGCCUCCCCAAAAAAGAAUAGAAAAAGUAGGUAGCUUUUGAUUUAUCCUGGGAUGCACUGCUGAAAACUGCAUUCAUCUGCCAAUACAUGUCCACACCCAUGCGACUGGUACAAGGGAAGUCGUCUCUGAAAACCUAGAAACAAACCACCAGGGCUGAACGCUGUCUCCCAAGGGGAUACUCAGGACUCAGUCCAUCCCGAGCACUGCAGUUCUGCUGUACGGACACGGGCUAAAGCCUGUCCAAAGAGGUUGUGCACGCUCUUGGAGAUUAUCCCAACUGUUCUCUCCUCGUUUAGAUAGCCUGUGUCCAGUUACCACUGACCGAGGCACUGCGUGAGGGAAAGACUAAAGCAGACAGCCUUACAGAGGAUGGUGGCAUAUCUCCUCUUACCAGACACCAGUGCUGGCCUGGUCUGUGUGGGAGAGUGGCCGAUGACUUAGCUCACCUCACUCUAAAGGUCAGGCUCAGCAGCUCUUGGUACUUUGGGGGAUUUCUUCAAUAUCCUGGGCUUUAUCGUCCUCCUUUAGCCCCCACUGCCAAGCACUGUCAGCGCAGAAGACGGGAUUAGAUGCAGCUUUGAUCUGACCUCCUCAUGGUGUUUCUUAAAUAUUCAGUGGCAAGCGUGUGUAUUUGCCUGAAACAGCACGAGGAAAAGUGUGAGAAGGCUGCCACGUAUUAACACCCUGAAAACAAAAUUCAUCUACUGGUACUUCCAGCCAGGCACAAGGUAGAAUAAAUAAGGCGGCUGCCAAACUGUGGCAGAUUGAGCCUGAGAGUGACAGACAGGAAAUCUGGGUCCUGUUCCCUGUGCUCCCCAUGAGCUCGACCAAGUCAAACCCUCCUGCCAUCCCUGACUCGCCCAGGUGUGCACGGAAGGAAGAUGGGCACACAACAGCCGUGGCAUGGGAUGGCACUACACGAGAACAGGGCAGCGCCGCUCUCUCACGGCCUGCACGGGUGAGGUCACCGCUCGCAAAAACUGAAAGGAAACACACAAACAGAAGGUUGCUCAGGUCUAAGUAAGGAAGCAGUUUUACAUAGAGACAAGCUAUUUCAGCAGAGAAGAGUCUCGGAGACAUUUCAGGAUUACAGCUGCAAAGCAUCUAUGGGGUGAUGCCAAAUUAGUGCACUGCAAUGAUUUAUCAUCAUCUCCCACCCGUUUCUCCUUCUUGUUACUCCCCUCUUUCUCCAGAGGUGAUUUAUAACUGCCUGACAAUUAGUUUCAAGUUUUUGAGUCUUUCUUCCAUUUUAUAUUUCAUGCAAUUAAAAAAUGCUUUCCUAACCCCAGUUUGUGACUGUCCCUCCUCUGCAAAGCUUUAUGAGUACGUCUGACCUGUAAGUCUGAUCCAUCAAGCUGCUGAGCACUGGGAGCCUGUAUCCUUCACGGGAGCGCUCAGCACUUUGUGCGAUCAGCUGGUGUGUGUGGAUUCAGAUGCCGGACGAGGGCUGGCCUCUGAUACCACUGCACACACUGAAACAGGCGCUGAAAUCAAAGUGAUUAUUUAUGGAGUGAGGCUUUGUGACCAAAGCUGAUCUCUUUAAACUGUAAUGACUCUAGAAACCUUGUUGCAACAGACUGCUUUAUGUCAGUUUGAUCUUUAGGUAAACGCAUAUACACGUCUGUAUGUAAUGGUAUUUUCUUAUGAUCUGAUAAAUCACAGCAUUUGUAAAAAUAUCGAGGGGGAAGUUCAAAUGACACAAAACCUCACAUGACAACACUGCACGCAACUACAUUAACAAAUAACCACACUGAAGUAUUAAGACAAAGCAUGCAGUAAGGCUACUUAAGUAUAUGUUUACAGAAUGCACGCAGAAGGCCCACACAUAGGGUAUUUUUAAACUAUCGAUUGGUAUCUUCUAUGGGAUAUUUUUGAAGUACUUUGCAUCUGCCAAACUCAAAACUGAGUUGCUCAUGUUAUUUGGCACAGGUUAGAUCAAACGCAGAGCCCUUGUUAAAUUCCAUCCUCUGAAAUCAUAUUGUGUUGUGGAUUUCAUGUUUGCUCCAAGUGUUUAAUUAAUGACAGACACCUGUAGUAACAGCCUUUGCAGACAUGUUUUAGUAUCCUCUUAAGAAUUAAAAAGCUAAAUGUGCGCAGCUUUCACAGUGAAGCUGGAUGUUUGGAUUUUCACAUUUUCUUCUCUAGUCUAAACCAGAUAGCACCAAACCAGAGAAAAAGAUCCCCCAAACCAGUGAAACAACUAUUGUCUUGGUCUACACUUACUUGCCACAGGCCAGGCUUUCCGAACUCACCCACUAGCUCUGAAGGCAGCUCAGCGUCCCACUGCCUUUUUUGAAAUACAUAGAUACAAAGCUUCACAGGAUCUGAGCAUCUGCUGCAUCCCUCAUUUCAGCUGCAGACACUUAACUCAGCUGAAAGCUCAGAAAUCAAGGAUGAAGAGCUAAUGAGCCAAUUUAGAAAACCUGGGCCUGUCAGUCAGAUGAAAAGGAGGAACCUGACACCACCAAGAGAUCAGCUAGGUGGCCCUAGGAACAACCACGGAGCACGGGCCUCCAGAACACAAACGCCACCCCAGAAAUCAUAACUGAUAACAUCACUUGCAGCCCCAGAGGCCUCAACCAUUGCCUGCUGGAGCCAGUGAGGACUGGAGUGAAACAUAAAUUGGUUGUAGAUCCCUUUUGCCCAAACGUGCGUCUGCAAAAUGAGACAUAUUAAUUACUUCUCACAAACAACCUGCACGGUUGAAAAACUGAGAUUUCUGGUCACCAGUGUUGUCAGCUUAGCAGUCUGUACAGUGAAUUUAUGUAAUAAAUGUUUAUAAAAUACUGAGUAUUCACAGAUAAAAGUGAUAGACAAAAUGCACUGCAUGUUGUGAAAAAAUGGUGGGUACACAAUACAGUAUUAUCUACUACUCAAACCUCAUCUAGCCUAGAAAUCAGAUUCCUUCAUUACAUUUCUACUAUUUCGGGACUGGUGAAAUAAAUCAGAGAAAAGGAGUGCCAUGCAUGAAGAGAUCGCUGACACUCUGAACAAACCUAGGCAAAAUGAAAAAGGAGCAUGUCACAGAAUCCACGGGAGGUUUCAGAGCCUCAGCCACAAAGGAAUAGGUAUGGGAAAGAGACAGAAGGAAUCCAAAUUCUCCUCAAAUGAGAUGUAACUUUACAAAUGCUUGCACAUGUGAGAGCCCAUUGAGCGAGCUUGCAUGGUCAAGACUUAAUGUGCUUUGAUCUUUUUUCCCCUUCCGCAUUUACAGAAUGCCAUCGACAUUGGCUAAACCUUUAAUUUAAAUAGCCUUUUUAAUAUCAGUAAUCUAUUGUAAAUUCAGAAAAAUCAAAGCAUUUAUAAAUAUAUUUUAUAUAUCAGAGUAUAACAUAUCUAGAGUAAAAUAAAGCUAUAUAGUUUUGAGAGGCAUUCCGUGCGGCUUCUUCUAUAUGCUGUAAACGGUUCGAAAACCUUUGCAAUCUUGCAUCAGUUUUUUUGGCUUUAUUUUUAAGCCAACAUAUAAGAAAGAGGAGAUUAAAGGGUUGGUAGAUACUUUCGCCUGGGCCAUCUGAGACCUCCAUCGCUCACUCAACUCCUUGUGUUGCCCGUUAAGUGUAGGUGCGAGGCUUCGCAGCGAGGCAGGCGGUGGGUGCGGAGGUGGGAGUUCAGCCCUACCUGAAUGUUUACAAUCCCUUCCAAAGGUUCAGAUUGACCCAGACUGAGAACCUGAGUCUGUAAGUUCGGACGGAGUAAAAGGUUAGUUUCUUACUACAGGUAACUUUGCCUCUGUAUACUUAGUGCAUUAUCAGCUGUGUAUAAUAUUAAACACAGACCUGUAGUUUUACUGAUGCUUUAAUUUGGUGUUUCCUUGCACUGCUCUUUAAAAUAAUCUAUUUCCUCAAAAAUGAAGGAUGCGCAUAUUGGAUGUGUUAAAUUUAUUAAGGUCAUAGAUGACUAUUUGCAGAGCACCAUAUUUAAUGUAGUAUUUUUGUACUGUAAUGGAAGCAUGCCUUCCUUGGGUUCUUUUCCACAUAUUAAAUUGUAUUUAUUUACCUGUAUUUAUAACUGUGCGAUUUUUAAAUAUGUUUUAAAAAUAAACUUUGUCUGUGGCUUCAAAUAUUUCAAAAUAUCUUUCAAUUUGAAAAUGGUCUUGACUAUGAUUCCUUGAACUGAAAGGAGGGACCUGCUUCUCCAAGUGAAAUAAAGGAUUUUUUUAAUGAGGUCUGCUA